CGAUCCAUUUCAAACAAAUUCAAAAAGGCAAGGAAUUUACUUCACUAGGUAAAACAAGUUGAAUUCCUUGCAGGCCGAGAAGUUUAGUGUUCCAAUUCCACCUUUUGAUAUUUUAGAGAAAUCAAAAGGCCACAGAAGGAAAAUAAAUCUUAGCUAUGAAAAUCUCAUGGCCAUACAUGGAUGCAUAGCGGGCCCAAAUGAGGGCAUAGCCUAAGAUCACACCAUAAUCUUUCGAAAGGCGUUUCUUCUCUUCCUUUCUGCUCAAAACCCACAACAUUACUCAGAUUUGGCGAAGCUCUCAAAGUAAAGCUCAACAGAGGAAGACAAGGGUUUCAGUAAAGAUUUCAGGUAUAUGGUUGUGGAAGAAACUUUGGCAGAAUUCAUGAUGUCUAGAACUGAUAGGUUUAUUUUUCUUUGAUGUUUGGCCUGUGGGAGAUAUACUUCUAAAGAAUGUCGAAUCAAAGGGUGGAUAGCUUUUGGGGCCCAGUAACAUCCACCACAGAAUGGUGUGAGAAGAACUAUGCUGUUUCAUCAUAUAUUGCUGAAUUUUACAACACUAUAUCCAACAUUCCAGGCAUUAUUCUGGCAUUUAUUGGUCUUAUCAACUCCUUAAGGCAAAGGUUUGAAAAGAGAUUCAGUAUCCUCCAUUUAUCCAAUAUGGCGCUUGCCAUUGGCAGCAUGCUUUUUCAUGCCACAUUGCAACAUGUUCAGCAACAGAGCGAUGAAACUCCAAUGGUUUGGGAAAUGCUCUUGUACAUAUAUGUUCUCUAUUCUCCUGAUUGGCAUUAUACCUACACAAUGCCAAUGUUUCUCUUCCUUUAUGGUGCUGCUUUUGCUGUUCUUCAUUCUGUGUUCCUAUUUGAUAUAGGGUUUAAGAUACAUUAUAUAUGUUUGGCUCUGCUAUGUCUUCCUCGUAUGUACAAGUACUAUAUUCACACGACGGAACGCCCUGCUAAGCGUUUGGCCCACAUGUACAUCUUGACAAUGAUUUUAGGUGGGAUAUUCUGGUUGUUGGACCGGACCUUUUGUGACACAUUCUCUUCCUGGUACAUCAAUCCUCAGGGCCAUGCAUUGUGGCACAUUUUUAUAGGUUUCAAUGCCUAUUUUGCAAAUGCAUUUUUGCAGUUUUGCCGGGCCCAACAACUUAAGUGGAAUCCAGAAAUUCGGUAUGUCUGGGGACUUCCUUAUGUGAAAAUUUUUAAAGUAAAAAAAGAGUGACAGAACUUGGAUUCUUGUCAGUCAAAUAUUUUCUAUAUUCCAUGAUGUUAUAAAUGUCCAUUUGACAUUUCUGGUGGUUAAGUCAAGAAGAUGAAACAGUGGAUUCAUUUUUAUCGAAGGAAGAAAUUUUGAAUUGUAAUGGUUAUUACAAUUUUUUUGCAUAACUUGUUUAUGCUAUUUUUUGGCUCCUGGUUUUGAACUUGUCUCUCCGUUAUAUUUUUUAUAAUGUAAGCCUAGGAUUGAUAUAUUUUUGGUGGGUCAAUGUUACUUUCCCUUAAAGGGAAAAGGUGUUGGUCUUUUA